CGGCCGCCCGGGGCCAGCGGCUUCCAUCCUCCGCGCGGCCGCAGCGCCGCCUCCGCCCCGGGGCACCGGCGUCCAGCCUGGCGCGCCUGGCCCGGCAGGUCAUGGAGCUGCGAGCAGCGGAUCGUGAGCCUUCGGCGCGCCUCAACCAGCCCGCCCGGCCUCCACCGCGCGUCCCUCGGGGCAGGGAGGUGCCCAGCUUCCACCUCUUCCCAGCCGCAACCCUGGAGACAGCAUCCCCCUGACUGCUGAGGCGGUAGGAAACCAUGAAGGCUCAGGGCCGCCUCCUGCUCCUGCUCAUCUGUUUCUUGGUCCUCUCCGUGCUCUACACCCUCCUGUGCUGCUGGGCCUGCCUGCCCCUCUGCUUGGCCGCCUGCCUGGACCGUCACCUGCCUGCCCACUCCAGGCCCACCGUGCCAGGGCCGCUGCACUUCAGCGGCUAUAGGAGCGUGCCCGAUGGGAAGCCGCUGGUCCGUGAGCUGUGCCGCAGCUGCGCCGUGGUGUCCAGCUCUGGCCAGAUGCUGGGCUCAGGCCUGGGGGCCCAGAUUGAUGAUGCCGAGUGUGUACUGCGCAUGAACCAGGCGCCCACGGUGGGCUUUGAGGCGGACGUGGGCCGGCGCAGCACGCUGCGGGUGAUCUCACACACAAGUGUGCCGCUGCUGCUACGCAACUACUCGCACUACUUCCAGCAGGCCCGGGACACGCUCUACGUGGUGUGGGGCCAGGGCAAGCACAUGGACCCGGCCCUGGGCGGCCGGACCUACCGCACACUGCUGCAGCUCACCCGCAUGUACCCUGGCCUGCAGGUGUACACCUUCACAGAGCGCAUGAUGGCCUACUGUGACCAAAUAUUCCAGGACGAGACGGGCAAGAACCGGAGGCAGUCGGGCUCGUUCCUCAGCACCGGCUGGUUCACCAUCAUCCUGGCCCUGGAACUGUGUGAGGAAAUCGUGGUGUAUGGGAUGGUCAGCGACAGCUACUGCAGGCAAGAGAGCCACCCCUCGGUGCCUUACCAUUACUUCGAGAAGGGCCGGCUGGAUGAGUGUCAGAUGUACCUGGCACAUGAGAGGGCACCCCGCAGCGCACACCGCUUCAUCACAGAGAAGGCCGUGUUCUCCCGCUGGGCCAAGAAGAGACCCAUUGUGUUCGCUCACCCAUCCUGGAGGACUGACUAACCCUUGUGUGCCCCUGGACUUGACCAGCUCGCCCCACCAGGCCUCCACACUCCGCUGAGGACAUUUAAUUUAUGAGACUUCCUGAGCCCCCACCUCGGCGGGGGAGGGGUGUGGGCAUUCAUCUCCACCUUGAAGGGAGCAAGUGGUAGGGAAGUAACCUUGUGUGCCUCCCUCUCCUGGACUCAUCUUCAUCUUGGGUUUCACUCCUCCUUGCCAGGUCUCCCAAGUGGCCUUUGCCUUCUCCCCAUCUGGGGCUGAUGCCUCUCAAAGUCACCAGCAUCAUGACCUGGGCCAGUCCUGGUCCCCCCCUCUGCCCACCCCCUCACCCUUUGCCAUCUCUGGUGCCACACUGUCCCGGGCCAGUCCCUCUGCUCAGGGUGGCCUGGGCUUAGCUGGCUGAGGCGCUGCUGGCUUCAGUGCCAGGGCCAUCUCCGGAGUGUACGGGUAAACGUAUAUUCUCUGCA